AUAUCGAACUGGUUGGCGCCUAAUAAACUCUUUUUCUUGGAAGUGUCGAGCGGUUUCUAGCACGCUUGGAAGUAAACCCUCCUUCCAGUUACUAUUUGUCCAGUUAUUAAGCUAGAGUAAUGGAUGAAGAAAAAUUUGAUGGCAUGCUCCUUGCUAUGGCUCAGCAACAUCAAGGUGGUGUUAAAGAGCUGCUGAAAACAUUCUUUGGUUUUCUCUCUCGCAAAACAGAUUUCUUUCAUGGAGCAGCUCCAGGUGUUCCACGUCAGACCGUUGUCGAUGCCAUGAAGGAAUUUGAAGAUAAAGCUGAAACGAAAAGAAAAGAGGUACUAAAAGAAAAGGAGGAAAGAGAGCAAAAGUUAAAAGAAACUAGAGAAAAACAGAAACAAAAGGAGGAGGCUGAGUUUGCAAAGAUUGGCCAGAAAAGUGACUCUGCUAAAAUCGAGGAAGUAACAGAAGAAGAAGCGCAAAAAAUUAUCGAGCAAAACAACCAGAAAGAAAAUGAAACAAAGCCAACCGAAGAUAAGAAGAAGGACACUGCUCUGCCCAGACCAAUGAGAGUGAAGAAGGACUCUUCAACGCUCCUAUCAAAAUCGAGCACACCUGCUAAGCGAAAUCGAAAGUCCAAAACACCCACAAAAAACUCAAUAAUUGAGGAGAUUUCUCCAAGUAAAAGAAUUGGCCGCCCGAAAGUAGAAAUAGAUGUGUCGCGAGCUAAGCAAUUGAUAUCUCUUGGGUUCACCAUGGGUCAGGUAUCAAACGCUUUGGGGAUAUCCAACGGGACACUGCGACGUUUUCGCAAACUGAAUGAGGAUUGUAAAUUGUUUGAUGAUAUCACAGAUCAGGAAUUAGAUUCUACUGUUGUAGCCAUUAAAAAAGAGCACACGCAUAUUGGCGAGAAAAGAUUGCUCGGUUUACUAAGAGGCCGUGGCUUGCGUGUCCAGCGGCAAAGGUUAAGAAGGUCUAUUCAUCGAGUUGACCCGUCUGGGCCGAUGCAAAGAUGCAACGCUGGGAUAGCCAAUGUAAAUGCUCGAACAUCAAUGUCCGAAGGUGAACCUAAGCCUAAGCUAAGUCGACCUAAGAAAAGCGAAGCGCCUGGAAUUCAAGUUCCUGCUAACUGUCCAUCACCAAACGCCUUGUGGAGAAUUGAUACGGUUGGUAAGCUCGAACGAUGGGGUAUUGUCAUAACGUUCGCCCUUGAUAUGUUCAGUCGACUGAUGACGUUCAUCAUCGCUUCACAUUCCGGACACAGUCACGGUAGCAACAUUCUGACGGCCUUUAAAAACAGCGUAGACAAAUAUUCUUGGCCUAAUAUGAUCAGUACAGACGAGAGGGACGAAAAAGCACACGUGUGGAAAGCCAUGGUGGAAGAGAAGGGUGAUAUGUCUGUCGAGAUGUCCACGAAACUCGAACGGGUACAGUGGAUUACUAUCAUUAAAAACGAUUUAAACGCACACAUCUUCAACCCUGUUAUUGAAACAUUCACUGAGCUUGAACAAGAAGGAUCGCUGAACAUUUCGAACGAAACCGAUCUUUUUUGUUUGCAUUUUGUUUAUUUACCUCGUAUCAACAAACUGCUGCAAGACUUUAUGACUGGUUAUAACUCUUGUGCAAUCCCUAAAGGUAGUGGUGCCACUCCUUCUCAGAUAUUUUAUGCUCACAAUGAUAAUACGGAAGCUGGAAGCAAAGACAUUUUGCCGAAUCUAACAAAUACGACGGCUGUUGAUAUUGACCUGCAAUGUGACUGUCCAAUGCCAGUUGAAAAGCUGAAGGAGCUUUAUGAUCAUGUUAACCCAUUAGAACCUUCAUCACAGAAUGGGAAGGAGCUAUACUACCGAACUGGUACCUUUGUAACGCAGUACCUGAAAGCUCUAAUAGAAGUCGAACAAAAAGAACUAGAUUCCAGCUCACUCAAAGAAACUGGUACUGCAAGCGAUGAAAUAUCCUUUAUUAUUUCUUCUGCUGCGAGCGAAAGUAAUAUGAACGGCGAAAUUGUUGACAAUGUCGGUUUAAUUAGCGAAGUCAACAGUCACGACGAGAUGCGUCAUGAACAACAAGGCGUAGCGGCAACACCUUACGAAAUCACUGAUGACCAGGCAGUUGUUGUAGCGUCAUAUAACGAGGCUGGGCCAAUCGAAAACGAGGUUAAUAUAAUUGCUAGUUAUAAUACUACACAAGAGAAUUCACCAACAGAUAGUAGCACUGAUAUGACAAUCCCAUGUGGUGAUCAAGGUCCAACUUUUAUGUAUACAAUCAACGUACCUGUGAGUAGCGAGACUACCAACAUAGCAGACAACGAAAGUGUAGUGGAAAGCUUAGUGACAACACAAGUUGCGAUCUCUACAUCCUCUGAUGUGGCGAGCGAAGCAGAAAGUGUAAAUUUAUUUAUUGGUCAGUAAGGCUUCCUGUUGUUGUAAAGUGAAAAUCUUGUGCUAGUGGAAAUGUCGUUUCCAUGAAUAUAAUUCUGUAAAUUAUUGUUGUUGAGUUAUUUAUUUGUGUAUAAAAUUUAACAUUGUAGAAAUAAAUAGUGUUGUUAAAGCAA